AUGAAUGUAUCAUUUUUUAAAAGAACUACGACAGAGGAUAAAAAUGACUCGAGGAUGUUUAAAUUGUUAAGAAUAGUUCAAGGUUCAGUUUUUUAUUGUAAAUCUAAUCCAGUAGCAAUUAAUAAUUCAGUAAUAAAAUAUUUUUCUAACCGCAUUAAUAUCAUAAAUAUCAGCAGUCAAAAGAAAAGUGACAAGAUCAUUGAUUCAGCUGAAGACUCUGGAAAGAGAAAGCGGGAUAAUGAAGCCAACACCAGUACUGAGUCUCCACCUGCCAAAAAGUCGGAUAAUAAAACCAAGAAACCGAGAGCACGAAAAUCUAAAACACCAAAAUUGACAGAAAAAUCUAAAAGCAAAAGCAAAGAGACCUUAAAUAAAUUGUCCUUUGUAAAACAAAUUUCUCCUGAAAAAAAAUCAACGAAUGGAGCAGCGGAUCAAGAGACAAAUGAUAAAAAACUUCCUAGAACAUUAAAUUCAGAGUCAAGUGACGAAGAUGGACACUUGGCUUUACCCCUUACCCCAGAGGACGCUGAAGAAAUUAAUUCUAGCAAAUCCGAAGCUAAAACUACAGAAGUAUCAAAACCCUCAGAAGAAUCUGAGGAUAAAAUAAAAUUAGAAGAAAAAUCUCCUAAAAAGUCUCCAAAAAAAUCUAAAGUCGUAGAAAAUGCAGAUGACACAGUAAGUCCUUCAUCUUCUUCAGAUGAAGAAUUGGAACUAAAAACAAAAGUUAAAAAAUUCCGGUCUAAAAUAAUAGACUCAGACUCUGAAUCUGAAUCUAAAGAAUCACCAACAAAGUCACCAAUUAAAUCCCCAGAGCUGACUCUAAAGACGAAGCAUACUACCGACCUGACAAGGAAAAAUAUCACCCAAUUUUAGACUCUCCUUGGAAAAAAGGAGAGAAGACUCCUUACAGAGCUCUGGCAGCUACCUUGGAAGUAAUCGAAAAAACCAGCUCGCGCUUAAAGAUCGUCGAGAUUCUGUCCAACUAUUUUAGAUCAGUGAUAGUGAUCACCCCGGAAGAUUUACUAGCGAGCGUGUACCUUUGCUUGAACCAGUUAGCGCCAGCUUAUGAAGGAGUCGAGUUAGGAAUCGCGGAGACAACUUUGAUCAAAGCGAUCGCGCAGUGUACUGGUCGGACACCAGCUCAGAUAAAAGCUGACGCGCAGGAAGCGGGAGACCUGGGGAUAGUGGCUGAAGGAAGUCGCUCUAACCAGCGAGUGAUGUUCCAACCCGCGGCGCUUACCGUCGGGACGGUUUUUACUAAGCUGAAGGAAAUAGCGCAGUCUACAGGAAACGCGUCGGUGAGCAAGAAAGUCGACCGGAUUCAGAAUUUGUUCGUCGCUUGCAGGUUCUCCGAAGCCAGGUACCUCAUAAGAUCUCUGGCAGGCAAGCUCCGUAUCGGCCUGGCCGAGCAGUCGGUCCUCCAAGCGCUGGCGCUAGCCUGCGCGAUGACUCCGCCUAACCAGGAGUACCCCCCAGAGGUUUUGGACGCAAGUAAAAAAGUGUCUAGUGAUGAAUUCAAAAAAAAGUACGAUGAAAUUGCGCUGAUAAUUAAAACUACUUACUGCGAGUGUCCGAAUUAUGGAAUGAUAAUUCCCGUCUUGCUGGAGGACGGAGUAGCCGAGCUUCCUAAAAAAUGCAAGCUCACUCCUGGAGUUCCUUUGAAGCCUAUGUUAGCUCACCCCACAAAAGGUGUCCAGGAGGUACUCAAGAGGUUUGACGGGCUGAAGUUCACGUGCGAGUGGAAGUACGACGGCGAGAGGGCGCAGAUUCACCUGACUGACCAGGGCAAGGCAUAUAUUUACAGCCGCAACCAGGAGAACAAUACCUCCAAGUACCCGGACAUCAUUGGACGACUGAGCAACACAAAGGGCGAGAAGGUUCAAAGCUGCAUUCUGGACUGCGAAGCUGUUGCUUGGGACCGCGAGAAGAAGCAGAUCCUUCCGUUUCAGAUUCUCAGCACUAGGAAGCGGAAAGAUGCCAAUGAAGCUGACAUCAAGGUCCAGGUCUGCGUGUUCAUGUUCGACUUGCUGUACUUUAAUGGAGAGCCGCUGGUCAAGAAGCCUUUUAAGACACGCAGGGAGUUGUUGAAGGAACAUUUUAAAGAGGUAGAGGGUGAGUGGUAUUUUGCAACUAGUUUGGACACUACGACCAUGGAGGAGGUCCAGGAGUUCUUGGAGGUCUCGGUUAAAGGCAAUUGCGAAGGGCUGAUGGUCAAGACUCUUGAAGAAGAUGCUACUUAUGAAAUUGCCAAGAGGUCCAGGAAUUGGUUGAAGUUGAAGAAGGAUUAUUUGGAGGGCAUUGGGGAUACUUUGGAUUGCGUUGUGAUUGGCGGGUACGUUGGCAAGGGAAAACGCACUGGGACUUACGGAGGGUUUUUACUUGCUUGCUAUGAUCCUGAUAAUGAAGAGUAUCAAAGUCUUUGCAAGAUUGGAACAGGAUUCAGUGAAGAAGACCUUGCUAAACACACAGCAUUGUUAAAAGAGCAUUUGAUACCCUCGCCAAAGUCUUAUUAUCGAUACGAUUCAUCCCACGAGCCAGAUCAUUGGUUUGAACCAACCCAAGUUUGGGAAAUAAAAUGCGCUGACUUAUCAUUGUCACCUGUUCAUCGUGCUGCUGCUGGAAUUGUGGAUUCUGUCAAAGGAAUAUCUCUAAGAUUCCCAAGAUUUAUCCGUGUACGCGAUGACAAAAAAUCAGAGGACGCAACAUCAGCUCAGCAGGUCGCUGAUAUGUACAAAAGCCAAGAGCAAAUAGUUAAUCAACAUUCAGCUUCGACGUUGAAUGAAGAAGAUUUUUACUAA